GCGGCGGCGGCGGCGGCGGCGGCGGCGUGCGGGCGGCCGUGACGGUACAGCGGCUGGUCUCAUCCCGCGCGGGUCACAGCGUCACGCAGGUCAGCUAAGUCCAGAGCUUCAGAGCGUCAGUGCCAGGGAAGGGCAGAGCUGGGCAGAUGACCUCCUUUGCCAGGCCCUGAGGCCAGCCCCUGGCCAUGUGCAGCCCUCAGGAGGCGGCCCUGCUGCGGGUGGAGGAGGUCUUCUUGGCCACUCUUGACCGAAUCAACAGACAGGUCCUCGUGCCCCUGCUCGAUGCUGAGCCCUCGGACCCCCAGGGCAAAGAGUGCCAGUGGCUCCUGCAGCAGCUGCAGAAGAGCUCCCAGCAGCUCUGGGAGGUGACGGGGAAGAGCCUGCACUCACUGCGGGAGCGGCUGCGCCACCCGGACGCCGUUGGCCUGGAGUCCGUUCUGCUGCUGUGCAGCGCGGAGCACGUCCUGCAGGUCCACGUGGAGUACAUCGAGUCCUACACCAACUGCGUGGUGGUGCAGGCCUUUCAGAAGGCAGCCAAGUGGAGGAGCGAGUACUGGCGGGUCCAGCGGAAGGUGCUGCGGCAGCUCCUGUGGGGCCUGAGCUCCGAGGUCUCGGUGGGCCCUGCGCUGGUCCAGGUCCUCCGCCAGCCUCUCACCCAACACGUGAAGCAGUAUGUGGCCCUGCUGCUGGGCCUGGCGGACACCAUCGGGGAUCACCACCCCGCCCGGGAGCUGGUGGUGCACGCAGCCUCGCUCUUUGGGAACCUGCAGUCCUUCCUGAGGCAGGCGCUGGACCAGGCUGUGGCCACACAGGCCCUCUGGCACACGCUGAGCAGCCGGCUGACGGAUGCUCUUUGCACCCCUGCUCACCGGCUCUUGCAAGACAGCCAGGACAUCCCCUUGAUGGUCACCCCGCUGCGGGCAGAGCGUGUGCUGCUCUUCGAUGACGUCCUCGUCCUUCUGCAGGGCCACAGCGUCCACACCUUUGAUCUGAAGCUGGUGUGGGUGGAUCCUGAGCAGGACGGGUUCCACCUUCUCACACCCGAGGAAGAGUUCUUUUUUUCCUCCAAGAACCCCCAGGACCAGGCGGUCUGGCAGUGGAAGGUUACCCAGGCCGUGUGCCAGGCCCUCCGUGGGAAGAAGGACUUCCCGGUGCUGGGGGCAGGCCAGGAGCCCUCCGAGACCCCCACCUGCCGCUCCGCAGCGUACACCUUCCUGGCGGAGGGUCGGCUCCGCCAGGCCACCUACGAGGGCGAGUGGUGCCGGGGCAGGCCCCAUGGCAAGGGAACCCUGAGGUGGCCGGACGGGCGGAAUCACGUGGGCAGUUUCUGCCAGGGCCUGGAGCAUGGCUUUGGCAUCUGCCUGGUGCCUCAGGCCUCUGAGGACAAGUUUGACUGUUACAAGUGCCAUUGGCGGGAAGGCAGCAUGUGUGGCUAUGGCAUCUGUGAGCACAGCACUGACGAGGUGUACAAAGGCUACUUCCAGGGGGGCCUGCGGCACGGUUUUGGGGUCCUCGAGAGUGCUCCGCAGCUCCCUCAGUCCUACAAGUACACGGGCCACUGGGAGAGGGGCCAGAGGAGCGGCUAUGGCGUCCAGGAGGACAGUGACAGGGGCGAGCGCUACAUCGGCAUGUGGCGGGCUGACCAGCGCCAUGGCCCGGGGGUCAUGGUCACCCAGGCAGGAGCCUGCUACCAGGGGAACUUCCGGGCGGACAAGAUGGUGGGCCCCGGGAUCCUCCUCACUGAAGACGACUCCUUGUACGAGGGCACCUUCACCAGGGACCUGAUUUUACUGGGGAAGUGCAAGGUCACCUUCCCCAACGGCUUCACCCUGGACGGCUCCUUUAGCAGUGGGGCUGGGAGUGGACUGCACAUGCAGGGCCUGCUGGACACGGCUGCCCCCCCUCCCGACCCGAGCAGCACCUGCAAGAGGCAACUGGGCCUGGGCUCCUUCCCUGUGGAGAGCCGCUGGCAGGGUGUCUACGGCCCCUUCCGGGACUUCGUGCUCGCCGGCUGCCCUGGGGACCUGCAGGAGGCUCUGCUAGGCUUCUGCGUGCAGAGCUCGAGGGAGCUGCGCAAGUCGCAGGAGUACCUGUGCUGUGAGAGGACCCCACCGGAUGACAGUGCAGGCAGAAUGGAAGACAUCUUGGAGGAGGUGCUGCGGUACCGUGAGCCUGCGGCCCUGCAGCAGUACCUCACGAAGGCUCUGGGCAGCUCGCUGCACCCCCUGGGAAUGUUGCUGCGGACGCUGAUGCUGACCUUCCAGGCCACGUACACAGGCAUCGGGGCCAACAAGCACCUACAGGGGCUGGCCCAGGAGGAGGUGAAGCAGCAUGCCCGGGAGCUCUGGGCCGCCUACAGGGGUCUGCUGCAGGUUGCUUUACAGCGGAAGGGCCAGGCUCCAGAGGAGGAGGAAGACACAGAAACAAGGAACCUGCAGGUGCAUGGACUGGUGCUGCCUCUCAUACUGCCCAGCUUCUACUCGGAGCUCUUUACUCUCUACCUGCUUCUUCAUGAGAGAGAGGACAGUCUCUAUAGCCAGGGCAUCACCAACCUGAGCCUGUUUUCUGACACCAAGCUUCUGGAGUUCUUGGAUGUGCAGAAGCACCUGUGGCCCCUCAAGGACCUCAGGCUGACAACCAAUCAGAGACACUCCCUGGUCAAGGACAAGUGCUUCCUGUCAGCGACUGAGUGUCUGCAGAAGAUCAUCACCACAGUGGACCCCCGGGAGAAGCUGGAGGUGCUGGAGAGGACGUACGGGGAGAUCGAGGCCACCGUGUCUCGGCUGCUGGGCCAGGAGCACAAGCUGCCCAUGGAUGACCUGCUGCCCCUGCUCAUCUACGUGGUGUCGCGGGCCCGCAUCCAGCACCUGGGGGCCGAGAUCCACCUGAUCCGGGACAUGAUGGACCCUGUCCACACGGGGGGCCUCUACGACUUCCUGCUCACGGCCCUGGAGUCCUGUUAUGAGCACCUCCAGAGUGACGACAUGCAUCGACUGCCCAGCCACCGGGAUUCCAGGGAGCCCUGGUAGCUCGGCUUCUCCGGGACAGACCGUGGAGUUGAGAGGGGCUGCCAUGGUCCAAAGGCCGAGGCAGGAUGGGCCCUCACAGGCAGCGCUCAGAGGAGAUGAGUUCUCGCAGGGAGAUGCUGCAGCAGACCCGACUGGGAUGAGGGUGAGGGGUGGCAAGUAUGGCCUCAGAGCUGGCGGUUUCCCUUCCCCUGCCACUAGACCAGUCUCAGAUGACGACCUGCGAUAGCUCAUGGGCUGGGGGCGAGGAGCCUCUUGGCUUCCUUUUGCCGUAUCCUGGUUCCCACGUGACUGGGCCUCAGUGUGGCAGUGUGUAAAAUGGGCUUGACAGGGUAAAGGAUCUUUCACCCAUCUUGCUGGAGUCCUGGAGGUCCUUCUAGGCUGUCACUGAAAUUCUCGUGUCGCUGUCAGUGUCUUUCCCCAUUUCCCCAUUCCUGCUCAGAGGCUCCAGGCUGCUAGUGACCCCUCUGCCUACCAGCCUUCUUCCCAGGAGCAGUCUCCUGGGGACCUGCCUCCUUCCGACCCUGCUCUGGGGUGAAGCGUGGGGAAAGGUGUGCUUACGCAGCUACCGGCCCAACCUGCCACUCGGCCUUGUACUGAGGCAAGUCGGUCACCAUUUCUGGCUCCAGGUGUGCCUUUCGUAAACGAAGAAUGCACCUCAGCCUGUGAGGGGAGGGCUGAGGGAGGCUCUGAGAAAGCCCAAUACACCUGAGCUGAAGGCUGGAUUCUCCACUGGGAGCCUCAGGGUUGGGGGUACCCAGGGGGGCACCCGUGAACCUCAGAGAUGAUGUGGGACAGUGGGCUAGAGACCUGGCUGCCUCCCUGCACUGCCACCGUCGGGAAGGAGGGGUGAGGCUUUCUCUAACUUAUUUCCCACUAUGUGGCCACCAGAACAAAGGGUCUUGGGCUCUGGUUUUGCCAAAAACCCCUGUGGCGUCCCCAUCACAUUACUGAUAAGUGGCAGGUGGGUGCCUGCUCCCCAGCUGCCUCCAGGGACACUGCUCGCUGCCUCUCCCUGGGCCUGUGUCCACAGCAGUGGGAGACGAGGGUGGAAGCAGGUCAACUCGGGAAAGGUCGGACUGUGAAGGGCCCUGGACCCCAGGGCGGGUCUGCGUUUAAGACCGGCCAGGGCGCAUCUGUGCAAGCAGAAGCCCCUCAUGUGUGACCGGGACAAGCAGGGACCCACACGGAGAUGGAGGCUGGGCCAGCCUUGGGCUGUAAAUAGACAGGAAGUUGAUGGCACAGCCGCAGGAGAGAGAAACAAGACAGCUGCCCUCUGUCUAUGCCAGGGCUCAGGUUGACCUUGCCUGGGCACCGGGCCCUGCCCACAGCUGACCACGAGAUGCGGGUCUGGCGUGACAUCUGCACACCCUGGUCUGCAGGGCACUGAGCUCCUGCUGGAGGAAAUGCCCUGUGGUGACCAGGUUACAGCCUUUGACCCAGUUGUGGUUGGUGAGGAUGGUGUUCCGAAAGGAGCAGGGGCACAGGGCGGCCCCAUGAAGUCCCCUGCAGGGAUCGCCUCCGUCCCUCAGUCAUCAAGCCUCACCAGACUGACCAGGGUGCCACCCCGGGCCAUGCAUGGGUGACGGUCUGGAACAUAACAAACAAGGUCCCAGCUCCCUCCAGGUGAGAAGGGUUGGCUUCCUCUCCCCCAGGGGCACUGGCGGACCCCCUGCACUCGCUGGGCAGAGAGAAAGGAAGCAGGAGAAAUGGGGUCUGUAGUGUCCGCAAGCGGGAGCUGGUGGCAUCUUGGAGGGCCCUGGUCCUGACGAAGCCUCUGUCUAUCCAGGUCGCCCCCAAGGGUGCUGGGAGCCCGUGCUGGGCAGCGCAGCCCCUUGCCCAUGGCGAACGUGCUCUGAGCUGGGACCGAAGGGAGGGCCACACGGCCUCAGCGGUCGCCUCUCCCACAGGGAUGGCUGCCCACUGUGGGAUUGAGGGGCUGGACUGCCCCCUUGGACAAGGAUGUGUUAAAGUUAGGUCAGGGUCAAGGUCAGUGUUAGGGCUUGAGUUAGGGAUUAGGAUUAAUCCAAGGAAGCUGGUGG